AUGGACGGUAGACUACCAGAUGAUCAUACUGCCAGUAAAAUGGUGAUGCCGGAGCCAGAGGAAACAAUAACAGGACGAAGUACAGGAAUGGUCGUCUCCCCUACCCAUGCCGUCAAUAAAAACCCCACAGAACCUCCGUUUCCAAUGGACAUGAGAUUAGCCAUGUUUGGUAUGGGAUGUUUUUGGGGUGCCGAGAGAAAAUUUUGGACACAUGCUGGCGUGUACUCAACACAGGUAGGGUACGCUAAUGGUUACACUCCAAAUCCGACGUAUGAGGAAGUAUGUACCGGUGGAACAGGACACAGCGAGGUGGUCCGGGUGGUAUAUAACCCAAACCAGACGAGUUACACCGACCUACUACAGGUUUUUUGGGAGGGACAUGACCCCACCCAGGGGAUGCGCCAGGGUAGGAGCCUUGGGACACAAUACCGUUCCGGGGUUUACUAUUACGACAACGAACAGAAGCAAGAGGCCAUAGCAACCAAAGAGGCUUAUGGGAAUAAACUGGAGAAAAAUGGCUAUGGUAAAAUAACUACAGAAAUUCGUCCCGUUUCCAACUUUUACUAUGCUGAGGACUACCACCAACAGUAUUUACAUAAAAACCCCAACGGAUUCUGUGGGGUAGGCGGGACAGGUGUGUCGUGUCCAAGAGGCAUUGGGGGCUACCAAAUGAAGACAGAAUUAUAA